UUUGUAAUGCAACGUAUUGCGAUGGAAUACCAGAGAAUAGACCGGAAGUUCCGAAAUUAGGUAGAUCUCACUGGUAUCAAUCGAAUAAAGACGGUCUGAGAUUGAAAUGGUCAGAAGUGAACUUCAAUAAUAAUCGUCGAGUUUCCUCUGCCGAUGUAAUGCUGUCCAUUAAUGACGACAACAAAUACCAAAGGAUUUUUGGAUUUGGUGGCGCAUUUUCUGAUGUUGCCGGCUACCACAUAUCAAGACUGAGUUCAGCCACUCAGGAACAACUGAUGCGAACAUAUUACCAUCCGAGAACCGGAAGUAGAUACACACUGGGUCGCAUACCUAUUGGUUCAUCUGAUUUUUCUCUAAAACAUUAUACGUACGAUGACAUGCCCAAUGAUAUCCAGCUUGAACAUUUUGCACUCACGUCAGAAGAUCAUCAUUACAAAAUACCAUAUGCAAGGAAAGCUCAUAUGUUAAAUCACGAAACUAGAUUCUUGAGUGCUGCGUGGACUGCUCCAGAAUGGAUGAAAUCCGAUAAUGACGGGCUAUCUUUCUUGAGACAAGAAUACUACCAAACUUAUGCCAACUAUAUGAUGAAGUUCCUGGAUAGUUAUGCAAGACACGGUAUUAGAAUGUGGGCACUUUCAACUGGUAACGAACCGUCAAGUGCCUAUGUGUUUAAGAACAGCAAUGUUACUAUGGGAUGGACAUCUGAAACAUUGGCUGACUGGAUUGCUAAUAACUUGGGCCCAACGCUAGCAUCAUCGAACCACCGUCAUACGCGAAUUAUGGCUUUUGACGACGAUAGAUCGACAUUGUCCAGGUUUAUCAAUCCAAUAUUUAUGAAUGAAAACUCAGAACGUUACACUGCUGGAAUAGGUGUACAUUGGUAUAAAGAUGACACAACUCGUGCAAACGUAUUAGAUCAAGCACACAAUCUCUAUCCAGAGAAAUUUAUUAUCAUGACCGAAGCAUCCAACGUACAUGAAUCAUUGGUCAAUUGGAUGGGUAGACUGGAAUUUAGUUCUGGACCAAACUGGUGGACCAAAUUUAGUGAAUCUUCAUCUUGACGCCGCUAUUAUCGUGAACCCAGAAAAGGAUGAAUUUUACAAACAACCUAUGUAUUAUGCCAUCAAGCACUUCAGCAGAUUCGUUCCCAGAGGUUCUCAGAGAAUUUCCAUUACCGAUACUGAUACCAUCAAAUCUACAGCCUUCCUUACACCUUCGAAGGAAAUCGUUGUAGUCGUAUAUAACAGUGCUAAUACUACACAACGUGUAGUUUUGAAAGAUUUCCGAAGAGGUAACCUUCAUGUGGAAUUAUCUCCACAAUCUAUGAAUACUUUCAAAUACAUGUAACGUGACUUUCCUAUACGA